GGAGCUGCAAACUCAGUCCUGCUCUGCUGUACAGGGUGCAGGGUAGAGGGAGAGCCAAUCAUCGAGACGCACAGGCUCCCUUUAAGCCUGACAUAUCUCCAACAGGAACAAAUUGUCCCAACAAUCAACAUCCCAAUCUGCGGCGCGCAUCAGGGGUUGAAGAGGAGCGGAUUGCCCACACAGGCCUGCGCAGCGUGGACGGACUGCGUGGAUUUCACUAUAACAAGAAGCUGUGGGACAGUCAGAAAGGUUGAAUAAAUCGCUUUGGAUAUCAAGGGAUUUUCGCCGGUGGAUCAUGUCGAUAUUACCGUCCUUCGGUUUUACGCAGGAGCAAGUGGCAUGCGUCUGCGAGGUGCUGCAGCAGGGGGGAAACCUGGAGAGGCUCGGUCGCUUCCUGUGGUCUCUGCCUGCAUGUGAUCACCUCCACAAGAACGAAAGCGUCCUCAAAGCCAAGGCGGUGGUGGCCUUUCACCGGGGGAACUUCAGAGAGCUUUACAAAAUCUUGGAGAGCCACCAGUUUUCUCCACACAACCACCCGAAGCUGCAGCAGCUCUGGCUGAAGGCUCACUACGUGGAGGCGGAGAAGCUGCGCGGCCGGCCGCUCGGAGCUGUGGGGAAAUAUCGCGUUCGGAGGAAAUUCCCACUGCCACGCACGAUCUGGGACGGAGAGGAGACCAGCUACUGCUUCAAGGAGAAGUCCAGGGGAGUCCUGAGAGAAUGGUACACGCACAACCCUUAUCCAUCCCCACGGGAAAAGAGGGAGCUGGCCGAGGCCACGGGACUGACCACCACGCAGGUCAGCAACUGGUUCAAAAACAGACGACAGAGGGACAGAGCCGCCGAGGCCAAGGAGAGAGAGAACAGCGAGAACAGCAACGCAGGCGGGAACAAACAGAACCAACUGUCCCCUCUAGACGGAGGAAAGUCUCUCAUGUCCAGUUCGGAGGAUGAGUUUUCUCCGCCUCAGAGCCCCGAUCAGAACUCUGCGCUUUUGCUCCAGGGCAACAUGAGCCACCCCGGGGCCUCCGCGUACCCCAUGUCCGGGCUUGGGGCCCCACAGCCGGUGCACAGCAUGCACGGACACCCUCACCAGCUGCAGGACUCCUUGUUGGGACCUCUAACCUCCAGUCUUGUGGAUUUGGGCUCUUAAAGAGACCAGCAGAUUUUAAAAAAACAAAACAAACAUAAAAAAAAAACAGACCGAAGAGAACUGAUGCGUGAAUCAGAUUGAAGACAUGUAUAAAAUAACAUUAUUGUAGCCUACCUUAUAAUAUAGACUGACUGCCUGUCGUUAAAUUUUGGUUAGAGAGAAAAAAAACACCUCCUUAAUGCGCUUACUCUUCAUCCACUGAAUGGAUGCUUUAUUUUUGUUUUGUUUUUUGUUUUUUUUUCCUGAAAACUCCCUCUUAACUGACGAAACACUUAACAGGAUCCACUACCUGCUUAAUUUAUGAUAUUUUGUUAAAACUACAAAAUAAGUAAAGUUACCUCCUGCGAUGGAAACUAGGAGGAACCGUUUUCAUAGAGCCAUGGUUAGUUUCCAAUAAAACCAAAUUAAUGCA